AUGGAGCUCACUUGGCUUGUCGACUCUCCUCAAUCUCGGAGUAGACUUCGGGCCCUAAAAGCGUGUUCAGCUUGUCAGCAGCGCAAGAAACGGUGUCGACAUAUCAAUUCUAAUUCAGAGCUAUCAGAGACAUACAUCCGUCCACUGCACACAUUUAGAGGUGACCAUGAUCUGGAUCGUUCGCAGGCGACAAGAAAUACAACAUAUCCCUAUUUGGCAAAUCACCCUAUUACAGAGAGAUUUGUCGGGGAUCUGAAUCCAGAGGCUUUUAUUCGUGAAAAUUUGGAUGAACCAACUGGAAUCCCCCGUCGGGAUCACAUAGGGCUUUGGAUACCUCGCAACCAACAAACCACCGGCUCAGAUUCAAUAUCAACGCAGUCAUGUCAAUCAUCUUUGAAUAGUGGAGUCGUUACAUCCUUACUACAUGAUCGAUAUUCAUUUGCAAUGCGGGCUUGUGACCAGCUUCCAACGUCCACCCGAGAGCCACUAACUGCAAUAUAUUUCUCGAAGGUCAAUCAUAUUGUUCCUCUUCUGGAGCAACAUCAAACUACAGAGUUGGCCUCGGUAUUUCUCAAGAGAGCGAUUUGUUUAGUAGCGGCCAAAGACCCAACGGCAGCUUCUUAUUUGCGCUUGGUGAAAGAUGGGCCGCUUCUUUCGGUGCGUCAAUUUUGCUCGGAAGUUUACAAGGGGCUCAGGGCUGCGAUGGAUGCUGAAUUAGAACCCGAUCGCUUAACCCGCAUCCGUGUGCUAGCUCUGAUGUCUCUACACUGUGAAGGGUACGACGGAGCUGAAACGGCAUCACUUCAUCUUUGCCAUGCAAUACAUCAGGCCCAAACGAUAGGCUUGCAUCUCGAUAGACCAGAUAGGACAUCUGCGGAGCCCCUUGUUAGACUGUUCUGGUCCUUAUGGACAUUGGACAAGAUGCACGCAAGUAUCGGUGGUCGCCCUGUUCUUUUGGCUGACCGCGACAUUGGAAUCACAACCCCAACUUUGAAUGAUCGGAAGACCCUUGGGGCGUUUGGGGUGUGGCUUGCAAUUUCAGAUUUGCUUGCAACUGUCAUAUCCUAUUAUCGACCCUCGGCCACCAAUACUAGUGGCUGGGAGGAAGGAUUUCCUCCAUUUGAAGAUAUUGUGGCCGAAUGUUCUCACGGUAGUUUGAACUUUGCUAUUCUGGGCUUUUUAGAAUUGUACUAUCAGUCUGUUGCGAUCUUAUCCUGUCGACGUGAGUUGACUGACCAUAGUGAUGGUACCAAAAUCUCAUCAAUUCGACAAGGGCUUGCGGCCAUCCGAAUUCAGUCUAUUGUUGCAUCAGAAUGCUCGGGCGACUUGCCACCUUUGCCCAUUGUUGCAUAUGCAAUCUCUUUGUCCAUGGGCGUAUCUUAUCGUCAGCUCCGCUCCAGUAAACUGAUCACCCACUUUAAUCGGGCCAAAACCAGUCUGGAGGAAUGCUGCUCUCUGUUAGAAGAGCUCAGCUCUCCCUGGUAUGCUGCCGAGGCGAUGGCUCGCCUAGGUCGUAAGGCACUGCAACAGAUUGACUACCGUCCGACUUUACCCGUACAGCAAACUGAAAACACAUCCUUGAUUGACAGAGCACCUGGAUUCUCAAAUCCGAAUGAAAUCCCUUCGGUAAACCAUAUAAAUAAUGAUUCAACUAUGCCACUCCCCACAGCCGAGAUAUCGAUGGCUAGUGAUCUACCUUCAAUCAAUGAUACAGACAUUUCGAUGCAAAAAUUUACCGACAUUGAUAUACUAUUUGGGGAAUUUUUGGAUCUGUCCCUCCCUACAAACUUCUGGGAUCCUAUCUUUGCUUUUGAGAAUGGAGGUAGUCAAUCAUAA